GAGGACAUCAACUAAGACCCAGACAGACAAUCAGACAGACGCUGUAUCUAUCUAUUCUUGUUUAUCUAUCCAUCCAUUUAUCCAACAAAUAACCAUGGCGCCGGCCGCUUCGAAGCCCGUGAUACCCCAGAACGACAAUGUUGCCCACGCCCUCGCCGGCGCUGGAGGAGGCAUCCUGUCUAUGGUCCUGACGUACCCCCUCAUUACACUUUCCACCCGCGCCCAGGUCGAAUCCAAGCGCGCCGACUCAUCCUUCCUCAAGGCCGUCCGCCACAUCGUCGAGCGUGAGGGCCUCGCAGGCCUCUACGCAGGCCUCGACUCGGCUCUCUUCGGCAUCUCCCUCACCAACUUUGUUUACUACUACUGGUACGAAUGGACCCGCGCCUUCUUCGAGGCCGCCGCCGAUAAGGCGGGCCGCGCCUCCAAGCGCCUCACCACCGUUGAGAGCAUGAUCGCUGGUGCCAUUGCAGGCUCCGCCACCGUCAUCAUCACCAAUCCCAUCUGGGUCGUCAACACCCGCAUGACCACCCGCAAGCACGAGGCAGAAGAGGACAAGGAGAAGGACGUGGAGGCCGUUGUCGGCUCGGAGGGGGGUGUGGACAGCAAGAAACAGCAGCAACAAAGGUCGCAGAGGCCCACCACCCUGGGCACGCUGACGGCCCUCCUCCGCAAUGAGGGCCCCAAGGCGCUGUUCUCAGGCGUUCUGCCUGCGCUGGUGCUGGUCAUCAAUCCUAUCCUUCAGUACACCUUGUUCGAGCAGCUGAAAAACGCCGUUGAGAGGAGACGCCGCGUCACUCCAACCAUCGCCUUCUUCCUCGGCGCCCUCGGCAAGCUGUUCGCCACCAGCAUCACCUACCCAUACAUCACCGUCAAGUCCCAGGCCCACGUCGCUGGCAGGGAUGGCAAGACAGAAGGCAUGACUGCCGCCAUCAGGCGCAUCACGAAGGAGGAGGGAGCUGCCGGGCUCUACAAAGGAAUCGGGCCCAAGGUCACCCAGAGUGUGCUCACGGCCGCGUUCUUGUUCGCGUUCAAGGACGUCCUCUACGAGCAGACAGUCAAACUUCGCCAGUCGACGGCCAGGAGAUCUCUGGUUUAGAUGUCUAGAUAUGUGUGGAUUGUGUCCAGUCUUGGCAUAGGUAGCCUUGACGUGUGUAUCUCAGCUGAGAUAUCGAUGCAAUCUCAGAUCAAUAGCUGAGAGUCGAAUGUUGCCAAGGUCUUUGCCUGAUAGGAAAUAGCACGUGAUCGAUAGAUACUUAGUUGACUCACUACUAUAGUGAAUACACGACAUAAAGACC